UGUCUGUCUUGGUUAACAAGUCGAGACGAAAGUAAAGGAAUUUACACAGAGAACUGGAAGCUGCCUACAAAAGCCCUCACUCUCCGCCGGUGCCCGCAAAAUCCAGAGUCAGUUAAAAGAGCCACCGUCGUUCUUCUCCGUCUUUCCCCAUUUCCUGUCUGUAGAACAGAUCGAAUUCCCACCGUCGGCUAAACAUGUUCCUCACCAGGACCGAGUAUGACCGAGGAGUGAACACGUUCUCUCCCGAAGGCCGCCUCUUUCAGGUCGAAUACGCUAUCGAAGCCAUCAAGCUUGGUUCUACUGCCAUUGGGCUAAAGACAAAGGAAGGGGUUGUGCUUGCAGUUGAGAAGCGUAUCACUUCACCGCUCUUGGUUGGUUUUCUCUCUCUCUAUUUUCUGAAUGUAGCAGAAUGGUUCAACAAAUUGUAGUCCAUCUGGGGAAGACUCCCCUUUCGUUUCUUGAUGUGUUUUUGUGUACCUUGGAAUAGCUCCUCUUUGUGUCUGGAGAAAUAAAAUUAUAUAUUUUCUUAUGGACUGUCUCAGGAGCCCAGCAGUGUGGAGAAAGUCAUGGAGAUCGAUGAGCAUAUUGGAUGUGCUAUGAGUGGAUUAAUUGCAGAUGCCCGUACUCUUGUUGAGCAUGCUCGUGUUGAAACUCAAAAUCAUAGAUUUUCAUAUGGUGAGCCAAUGACUGUGGAGUCUACAACACAAGCCCUUUGUGAUCUGGCCCUGAGAUUUGGUGAAGGCGAUGAAGAGUCUAUGUCUCGCCCCUUCGGAGUAUCGCUUCUCAUUGCUGGUCAUGAUGAAAAUGGUCCGAGCUUGUACUACACAGAUCCAUCCGGCACAUUUUGGCAAUGCAAUGCAAAGGCUAUUGGGUCAGGUUCUGAAGGUGCAGAUAGCUCUCUACAGGAACAAUAUAACAAGGAACUCACUCUUCAGGAUGCUGAAACAAUAGCACUUUCCAUCCUAAAGCAAGUUAUGGAGGAAAAGGUAACACCGAACAAUGUGGACAUUGCAAAAGUGGCUCCUACAUACCAUUUGUACACCCCUUCUGAGGUGGAGGCCGUCAUCAGUCGCCUAUGAUGAGACACUAUGACUACAUAGACGUUAUAUGUACCGCUAGUUUUCUUCUUCCCUCGAAUGUUUGUCGUUUCAGCUGUGGGCAUGUGGGUACGAACUAUGACAAUGACGUUCAUGAUAGCUUUUGAGCAAUUUUAGUUCAUGCCUACCAGACUAUCUGAUGUUUCUGUAGUUUGAAUAGGCUCGAUGGGAUUAAGGGUAAAUUGUGGUGCAUGGCCACGGAUGGGGGAAUGAUUGUCUUGGCAAGUUAUGAACAUUUGAGCCUUUUGAUCGAAGAAAUGGAUUGUGUUAUUUUGAAUCAUUGUCUAUUGAUGUGAGUGCAGUAUCCUGUUUUCCUUGUGUAUGAUCUGGCAUGGAACAAAUUUUACUUAACCUGAAUUGGUAAUGUCAUAUU